UUAUAAACUUUCUGUAAUCAGCGAUCCGAAAAAAAGGAAAAGAAUCUCGUUGACAGCAUCAACGAUUCUAAACUGAAAAUGGCAAAACUUCUGUUUAUUCUUUUCACUGUCUUAUUGAGUCAAAAACAAAUAAAAGCUUCAGUAAAAUGGCGUCCAGGAAUGGAAAGUUUCACUCAUUCAGUAAAGCAAGGUGGGUGCGAAGGAGGCCUCGAGGUUUCGCUUUAUGAGUCUACCAAAGGACCUGGGGUAAUCACAGAGCAGUGGUUCACAGGAAAGGGAUGCAUCAACCAAGAUACAAUAAUACGCUACUACAUCGAUGGAGAUUCAAAGCCAAGUAUUGAAGUGAACUUAUAUCUAGCACAUGGAAUAGGAUAUCCAGAUGAAAAUAGAUUUUCCGGCAAGGACUUUGCAGCAGCUUCAACAAGUAAGGCGCAAAGCAACAAAAACAAAGCUGAAACGAGUGAGAAAAACAACAAACGAAAUUAUCCUACCUCUAAGAUUUUGGAAGGUGUAAAAGCGACAAUGAUGAACAAAACUAGCGAUUUGGUGGAAGAGACGAUGCAUCAUGAGCAGCUAGCAAGCAAAAGAGGCUUUUUGCCAAAUGACGGGCAUGUACAUAUGGAGGAAGAUGAGGAAGGUCUUGAGCCCAAUGAUGAGAACAAUACCAGCAAACGAACUGAGCCGGACGAAGGUGAGAGUGACUCAGAAAUUCCUUGGGGGACAAGGCGUAUUGGCCAUAUCGCUAACAACGGAGGAAUUUACAACACUUUUCGAAUCCCAUUUCAAAAAUCGAUAUACAUAACUUUUAUAUCCAAACAGCACGGCCAUUACUGGUAUAACAUUCGCGGUGUCAGGAAUUAUCCUGUCAUUAUUGGCGACCUGGAGCUGCCUCGCGAAGCAAAAUUAAAAGUUCAUAAGAAAGAAGACGUGAAAGUGGCACCAUUUGACUACAUUUCCCUCGCAAGCUCCACUGGAAAGUCGGGUUUACUCUAUUUGGUUGAGUUGACCACGGAAAGUAGCAAUUUUUAUCACCAGGAGGGAUGCUUUCGAGUUAUUACUGAUGAAAACAACAAAACGCAAUACUUGUCAUCGGGAACAGAAGAUUUGUUUCUAUCCGCGUAUUACUACAAUGGUGGUACAUUCCACAACGACCAUGCAGGCCUUUCUUACAAAAAAAUUCCUGGUAGGGUCAGUGCAUAUAAAUUCUUCGAAGACGAUCCAGUUAUUUUUAACAAACGAUUCGAGUUGAUAUGGCGUUGUGGCGAGCUUGCAGAUAAUGAGUGCUUUAAAAUUCAUCAGAAGUCCUGCACACGUAAGUACGGUCGGAAAGCGUGUGUAAAUGACGUCGACUAUGAAGGAAUGGCGAAAUUCAACGAAACGAACAGAAAGCAUAUUAGGCCAACAAUUGUUAAUUCAUACGCAUGGGUUUAUGAAUGGUAAAUCAAUGUUUGAUCAGCUAGGAAGGGCUUGCCUCUCAGCACUGUCUAUGGAUUUAGUUCAGCAGCAACACAGAAAAAGAAGUCAGAUGUGCCAGUUUAAUCAGCAGAGUCUGGUCUGCUUCUAGCAAGAUAAACCAAGGGAUCACCGAUAACGGAAUGGAUCCGUGAAGGGAGGGGGGGGGCGGAGGUGGGGAGAGAUUCAACUGUAAUCUGUUAAAAAUUGGGCAUUUAGGGCAAAAAUUGAAAAAAUUGAUUAUAUUUGUUUAUUUAGAUAUAAUCGAAAAGUGACUUGUGGCACCGGUUAAGUACUGAUGCAAGUCACAAAUAUCUUUUCAACAAACUUUUUACAAAUAUCGCAGCUUCUUGGUAUGCAGCUGUUUGGGAAAUUUAGACACAUAAAUUAUCCUUUUGUAUAGUGGCCUAGUGAAAGGCGAAGAUAGAUUAUUUGCUUAGUGGGCAUGUGCUAAUGGGCUGAAGGGGAUACAGACAUUAACAAUCUAACUUUAUUAACUGGAAUAAAGGACUACUUGUUGAUGAUGCCUAAGAAAUAUGACAGAUUGAAUUGUAAAUAAGACAACAGCUUGUGUAAAGACAUGUUAGGGAUCGUAAAUUAAAUAAUGUUAAAUGACACAUAAAUACUCUUUAGGCAUUCAAAUUGUUGAAAUGAUUUUGAAAUCUUGUGGCUACCUUAUCAGAAACCAAAUUGCAUUGUAAUGAUGCAGUAUUACCUCCUGA